CACCGCCUCUAGGGAUGGACGGUCAGACUCUGCGAAAGGCUGAGAGAAGCCGGUCCUGCUCUCGGGAGAACAAGGAGGGUUACACUGAGGACAUGGUGACAGACUUUGAUGAGAAACAUGAUGAGUAUUUAAUAUUGCUUCAGCAGAGGAACCGGAUAUUAAAGCAUUUGAAAGCCAAGGACCCUGUGCAGCUGAGACUGGAGCACUUGGAGCAGGGCUUCUCCGUCUACGUCAACGGGGCCAAUUCGGAGCUGAAGUCGUCACCACGGAGAGCCGUCCACUCCCACGUCUCCAGAAGUGCCUCGCAGGCCGAGGGGGCACAGGAUUAUGGACGAAGAACCCUGUUUCGAGAAGCUGAAGAAGCUUUAAGACGCAAUUCACGGACAGCCCCCAGCAAAGCCCAGCGCCGCGGAUGGCACCAGAAAUCUGUGCAGAUCAGAACAGAAGCUGGUUCGCGGCUCCAUAUCGAACCUCCUCUGGACUACUCUGAAGAUUUUGAGCCACAUGGGGACACGACUGUCACUGCAAAGGAUGCUUCCGGGGGUCACCCACAGGAUUCCAAACCUCCUACCAGCACCACACCCUGUGAUGUUAACUUCUCCCUUCAGAACGCUCAUGGACAUUCCGACCUUCCAAGCAGUACGGACAAAGCAAGGAUCCUCUUAACUAUCCAGGAUGUAAUGGAGCUAAGAAAAAGCCUAGAACUUAGUGUAAAUCUACAAAAGAAGCAAAAGGACUGUUCCAGUGACGAGUAUGACUCCAUUGAAGAGGAUGUGGUCUCUGAGCCUGAGCCUGAGGACCAGGCCCUGGUGGGCAGUCCCAGACAUGGCACCCCUCUUUCCAGGGGGGACUCCAUGUACAAGGAUGUUCCUGAGGACCAGGAGACGGCAGGAUCCCCUCCCCGGGGCCCAGACACCCUCGUGGUGCUGGAAUUUAACCCGGCUUCCAGAGGUAAUAAAAAGGAAAGGAAUUUGUCUGCUAAGCGAAAGGACAAUGCUGAGGUCCUCAUUCCCAGCAAACCAGAGCCAAACCUGACUCCCCAGCCCCCCACUGUGUUCCCAGACCAGGAGAGGCCAUGUUCAAGACCGGGAAGCCGACGGGAGCGACCCCUAUCAGCAGCCCGAAAACCUGUGCUCCAGGCUGAGGACCGCCAGGAAGACGCAUCAGCUGUGCUCCGAGCCAUCCAGGUGGAGAAUGAAGCCCUGCAGAGGGCGAUCCUGAGCAGAAGGGCCGAGCCCCCCAGCAGCCAGCUGCAGGUGCCGGGCGUGGAGGAACCCCCAGCAAAACCGUGGACUGGUCUGCUGAAGGCACAGGAGGAGAGCCCAGAGCUGCUUCCCAUCACCAUGGAGACCAACACGGAGGAGCCAUCCCAGGCGGCAGGGGGAGCCAGAGCAGUCAGCGCAGCCAUUGACAGAAUCGGCCUUUUGGGGAGCAGGCAGCAGCAGAAGCUUCUGGAAGUCCUCCGGGCCAUCGAAAGCGACUCUGCCCAUGUCAGCCAGGUGGCUUCCCCAGCCGAGGAGCAGGUGCUGGCCUCAGAGGACAAGUUGGGGGUGAAAGCAGAAGAGAUGAAAGAUGCCAUCUACGUGACGAUGGAAAUCCUGUCCAACUGGGGCAGCCCGUCAUGGGUGGGCCUCACCGAAGUCGAGUUCUUUGACCUGGACAACACAAAGCUGUACGUGUCACCUCAUGACGUGGAUAUCCGUAACGCGGACACGCCGGGGGACCUGGGCCAGCUGGUCAACAGGAACUUGGCUAGCAAGAAAGACUCCUCCUUGUGGACCUGCCCCUUCCACCCGCCACUGCAGCUCUUCUUCGUUAUCCGCAGCACGAGAAGGCUUCGUGCCUUUGGUCUGGCCAGGAUCAAGGUUUGGAACUACUGGACGGCUGAUGGCGAUCUUGACAUUGGUGUGAAGAAUGUGAAGCUUUAUGUCAACAAAAGCCUCAUCUUUGAUGGCCAGUUAGACAAAGGAGGUGGAGAGGCCCCAGCCGACCAGAGCAUCCCAGUCAGCCUGAAAAAUGAGCAGAUUGAGGGGGUGGAGAACAGCAUUAAUGCCCCCUUGGAAGAAGGCAGAGGUGCCCAGAGGAUGGUGGGCACCGCUAGGGACAAGGAGCUCAGCGCCACUUGCUCGCAGCCAGACGGAGAGGCAGGGGAUGUGGCGGUUUCUUCACCAGGAACUUUAUUUGGUGAAAGGAUCAAUUCUCCUGGUUGCAUAAAAGACAGUUUGUCCAAGUUAGAGGAUGACUUCAGCUCGUCAGCAGCCACAGUCUCUAUGGGGGGCGAGCGUGCCCCUGCCCCCGGACCCCCAGUGGAGUGCCCUCCACUGGACCAGGAGCUCUCGCUGACUCUGCAGCUGGAAAACCUCCCAGGCAGAAAGGUCUCUGAGCCGCCAGGGAAAACCCCCGCCUGGCUACAACCCUCUCCUGAAGGGAAAGGCAGGAGGCAGGGAGGCAAGAAGCCCAAACCCCUCUGGCUGCGUCCUGAGAAGCCACCCGAAGGGACGGACGGGCUUGUGCCAGAGGACGAGGACAUCUUCAGGGAGGGUCCUGCAGAGGCCGGGGAUGAAGGCCCCAGGCGUGAGCCAGGACGGGCCAGCAGCCGGAAUGCCAUCUCAGAGGACAGAGCCCCGAGGGUGACCCCCAACGUCUGCAGGGAUGACUUUGACAUCUUUGAGAAGCCCUCCAACAGGGAGCGCCCUGCUAGUGGGAGGAGGGGCCGGAAGGACGCCCUCGGCAGCAGUCACGGUGAUGGGCAACCAGCCAGCAGAGGAGACGCCUGGUGCACCAGGCCGCCACCGCGGCCCCAGUGGCGCAGCGAGCAGGAGCACACGCUGCACGAGUCCUGGAGCUCCCUCAGCGCCUUUGACCGCUCCCACCGGGGGCGCAUCUCCAACAUGGAGGUGCAGGGGGACAUCCUGGACGAGUUCCUGCAGCAGCAGAGGAGCGGCCGGCAGGGCGCCCAGCCAGCCCCCUGCAGGGAGCAGCCGGAGGCCCGGGCGGGGCCGGACGACUGCAGAGACGCAGGCGACCCCAGCGACUUUAGAAUCCCCGUCUUGCCUUAUGGGCGGCACUUGGUCAUUGACAUCAAGUCCACGUGGGGGGACAGGCACUACGUGGGCCUGAACGGAAUAGAAAUAUUCAGUUCCAAGGGGGAGCCCGUGCAAAUCGCGAGCAUCCAAGCGGACCCCCCUGACAUCAACAUUUUACCAGCCUAUGGGAAGGACCCCCGCGUGGUCGGCAACCUCGUCGACGGGGUGAACAGGACGCAGGACGACAUGCACGUCUGGCUGGCCCCCUUCACGCCGGGCAAGUCCCACUCCAUCUCCAUCGACUUCUCGCAUCCUUGCCACGUCGCCCUGGUCAGGAUUUGGAAUUACAACAAAUCGCGGAUACAUUCCUUCCGCGGGGUGAGGGACGUCGAGAUCCUGUUAGACGCACAGUGCAUCUUUAACGGAGAAAUCGCCAAGGCCUCCGGAACCCUGACGGGAGCCCCAGAGCACUUUGGAGACACAAUCUUAUUCACAACCGACGAGGACAUUCUCGAGGCCAUAUUCCGCUCGGAUGAGACGUUUGACGUGGACACGGGGGGCCCAUGCAGCCUGCCGUGCGAGGAGCCCCUGAGGAGGCCCAGCACCGCGGACGGCGGCACGGAGGAGCGGCCCUACACCCAGGCCGGCCUGUGGGCCCAGGUCCCGGAAGUGGAGCUGCCACCCAGUGCCCCUGUGCCCGAAGUCACCACCCCGGAACCGGGCGUCUACCACGGGAUCUGCCUUCAGCUGAAUUUCACUGCCUCCUGGGGGGACCUGCACUACCUGGGACUCACGGGCUUGGAAGUGGUGGGCAAGGAUGGCCAGGCCCUGCCCAUCAGCCUGCACCAGAUCUCCGCCUCCCCCAGGGACUUAAAUGACCUCCCGGAGUACACGGAUGACUCCCGGACCCUGGACAAGUUAAUUGAUGGAGCCAACAUCACGAUGGAGGAUGAGCAUAUGUGGCUGAUCCCCUUCUCGCCGGGGCUGGACCACGUGGUCACGAUCCGCUUCGACAGAGCAGAGAGCAUCGCGGGCCUGCGCUUCUGGAACUACAAUAAAUCUCCCGAGGACACCUAUCGAGGGGCCAAAAUCGCCCACGUCUCCCUGGACGGCCUGUGCGUCUCCCCUCCAGAGGGCUUUCUCAUCCGGAAGGGGCCCGGCAACUGCCACUUUGAUUUUGCUCAAGAAAUCCUCUUUGUGGACUACCUACAGGCUCGGCUCCUGCCCCAGCCGGCCCAGAGGCUCGACACAAAAAGCCUGGAGCGGGCGAGCAUGGACUACGAGGCCCCGCUGAUGCCCUGUGGCUUCAUUUUUCAGUUUCAGCUCCUGACCAGUUGGGGUGACCCCUAUUACAUUGGUCUCACCGGCCUCGAACUGUACGAUGAGCGGGGAGAGAAGAUCCCUCUGUCGGAAAACAACAUCGCUGCCUUCCCCGACAGCGUGAACUCCCUGGAGGGCGUGUGUGGGGACGUGCGGACCCCUGACAAACUCAUCGACCAAGUGAACGACACCAGUGAUGGCCGGCACAUGUGGCUGGCCCCCAUCCUGCCUGGCCUGGUGAACCGGGUGUAUGUGAUUUUCGAUCUGCCUACCACCGUGUCGAUGAUCAAACUGUGGAAUUAUGCGAAAACACCCCAUCGAGGGGUGAAGGAGUUUGGCCUCCUGGUGGACGACUUGCUCGUGUACAACGGGAUCCUGGCCAUGGUGGGCCACCUGGUGGGGGGCAUCCUGCCCACGUGCGAGCCCACGUUGCCCUACCACACCAUCCUCUUCACCCAGGACAUGGACAUCUACCACCAGGAGAAACACACCACCAUCAGCGGCCACGUGGAGGACCAGGACGUCCAGAUGAUGAACGAGAACCAGAUCGUUACCAACGCCAAGAGGAAGCAGAGCGUCGUCGACCCAGCCUUACGCCCCAAAACCUGCCUGAGCGAGGAGACAGCAAGACGGCGGCGAUGCUGACCGGAAGGAGGGGGCACUGGUCCUCAGCCCGCGUGGGCUCCUUCACUGGCCCCGCUCAGCACCAUGCCCCCUCGGGCCUCAGUGCAGCCCAGACCCCAGCGCUGGAGGGGAGCUGCUGGGGAGAAGGGACUCGAGGGUGGAGGGCCUGGGGAAGACGGGCGACAGGCGGAGGAGGCAGGGCUGCUGCAGGGGCAGGGCCUUCCGCUCUCCCGUAAGAUCCAGCACAGCGGGCAGCAUCCACUCAGCCCCGUCCCGGUUCCCUGAGCCAGGUCUGGCUGGGCCGGGACAGGGAGGUGGGCUGGGGAGGCCUCCAUCCAGCCUGGAGCCAGGCUGAGCCAGCCUGGAGCCCAGGCCUCAGACACCAGCGCUCCAGGGGUGAGCCCAGGGGCUCCACCAGCAGCCCCUCCCCAGGCACAUCCCUGCCUCCUUUGGGGGCUGGCGGAGCUGCCUGGGAGGGUGGACUCUUCCCUGGACCCUCAUGUCCAGCCAGGACUGCUGCCACCCUCACUCGUCCCGCCGGCGCCCGCGGGAAACCACAGAUCCCUCAGAGGAACCGCUUCUGCAGGCUCUGUCCCCUCGCCGAGCUGAGAAGGGGCUGGCCAAGGGCACGUGUCCCGCUGAGGAAAGGAAGGGAGUGGACCCACCGUGCAGCGCCGGGCCCACCUGGCAUGCCGGGCACUCGUCCUGCCCAGAUAGGACCGGCAGGCAGGCAGCUGCAGACCCAGGGGCCAGCGGGGCCCCUCCAGACGCCUCUGUCUGAAAGGCAGGGAGCGGAGGACCAGGCCGGCCCCACCCUCAGCCCCAGAGGCUCACCUUCCCCGUGAGGCCUCACCGCUCCCUGCCCGGCUAGAGUCCGCAGGCUUCUCUCGCUGGUUCUUUGGUCCCUGGCCCCCCUCGGAGCCAGGAGCGGGGUUCUCGUUGCCCAGGCCCCCACGCCCCUCCCUCUUCCAGCGGCUUCCCAGCAAGUUGGAGACGUGCCUUGCGCCCCGCCGAGCAGAGCCCGGACCACAUCUAUUUCCAUCUAUGUAACGAGCUCGGAUCAGGGACCUAAUUGCUUUCCCAGUGGUGGGUAAUUUCUCGUUCCCAAUAUUAAUCCGUUGUUUUCCUGGCGCCCAGCCCGGCCGCAUUACUGUACUGCGAGGCGUUCCUAUGCAACCGAGAGCCUGCAGACACUUCCCGAGCUGCGCGGCCUCCCCGGGCAGCUGUGCAAAUGCGCUUUUCAUUCGCAGCGCGGGGUCCAUGUGAAGAUAAGGACUUGUUUCUCCCCAAGAAAAUCCAUCAUUUCUGUAGCUUCCAAGCCCCCACCUCUCUGCUCACCUCCCAGACGUGGGGCGCCUCUGGGACCGGGCUCCCAGGAGAGCUGACGCCGCUGGGGCUGAUCAGUCCAACUCCCGGUGCCCGAGACAGUGCCAGGCCUUCCCAGGGAGCCGCUGUCCGUCCGCGCCCGAGGCACGGGCACGGGUCAGAUUCCGGGAACAUUGCCCAGGCCCCGCACACUCGCCCCUGGGUCUCAGCUGAUGUUUAUAGUAAUUGUGUGCACCAUGCAAUUUCGGAGGAAAGAAAGGCUGACAGGCGUUAGCUCUAAAAUAAAUUUCUAUUUUUUUCUCUU